UGGGCUGUCUGUUGAUUCGACCUAAAUCUGCAUCUCGGACAGCACCUCCGGAAAAGGCCAAAGAGAGAGGGAAGAAAGGGAAGAAGGACAAAGGCCCCAAGGCGACCAGGCAGCCGCUGGAGGGGGUCCCCAGGCCAUCCAAGAAGCCCAAAGAGAAGCCACCCAAGGCCACCAAGAAGCCCAAGGAGAAGCCACCCAAGGCCACCAAGAGGCCCUUGGCUGGGAAGAGGCCCCCCACCCAGACCCCCUCAGAAGCCCCCUGGUGGCCACUGCCCCCGCCCCUCGACCCCAGCCAGGGGGAGCUGCUGCCUGAGAGAGGUGGGGGCCUCCCCAGUCCCUGGCAGGGUCCGAGAGGAGAGACCCACGUCGGACGCCAGCCUGAGCUGGAGGAGGAGGCGGAGCAGCCCACGCUGGACUACAAUGACCAGAUAGAGCGGGAGGACUACGAGGACUUUGAGUACAUACGGCGCCAGAAGCAGCCCAGACCACCUCCCAGCAGGAGGAAGCCCCAGCGCCCCGAGAAGGCUGAUCCCCCAGGGCGGGUCGAGGACCCCGAGGAGAGGACAGAGCGGAUCAGGACGCCCUUGAAGCCCCCGCCGCCCCCACCACGCCCGCCGCUCCCCGACUACGGGGAUGGCUACGUGAUCCCCGACUACGACAACAUGGACUAUUACUUCCGGCCUCCCGGCCCCCGGAAGCCUGACACAGAGCUGGAGACUGACGAAGAGAAGGAGGGGCUGAAGAAACCCAAGAAGGAGGGCAGCAGCCACAAAGAGGAGACGGAUGACAGGUGGGCACCAGAGAAGAGCAGGGACCACAAAGGGCCCCGGAAGGAGUGCCCCCCCAUUGGGAUGGAGUCGCACCGCAUCGAGGACAACCAGAUCAGGGCCUCCUCCAUGCUGCGCCACGGCCUGGGGGCCCAGCGCGGCCGGCUCAACAUGCAGGCUGGUGCCACUGAGGACGACUACUACGAUGGAGCAUGGUGUGCUGAGGAUGAGGCUCAGACCCAAUGGAUCGAGGUGGACACCAGAAGAACCACCAAGUUCACAGGCGUCAUCACCCAAGGCCGUGACUCCAGCAUCCAUGACGACUUUGUGACCUCUUUCUUCGUGGGCUUCAGCAAUGACAGCCAAACAUGGGUGAUGUACACCAACGGCUACGAGGAAAUGACCUUCCACGGGAACGUGGACAAGGACACGCCUGUGCUGAGCGAGUUCCCGGAGCCGGUGGUGGCCCGCUUCAUCCGCGUCUACCCGCUCACCUGGAAUGGCAGCCUGUGUAUGCGCCUGGAAGUGUUGGGGUGCCCCGUGUCCCCUGUCCACAGCUACUACGCACAGAACGAGGUGGUCACCACCGACGACCUGGACUUCCGGCACCACAGCUACAAGGACAUGCGCCAGCUGAUGAAGGUGGUAAACGAGGAAUGUCCCACCAUCACCCGCACGUACAGCCUGGGGAAGAGCUCCCGUGGGCUCAAGAUCUACGCCAUGGAGAUCUCGGACAACCCCGGGGAUCAUGAGCUGGGGGAGCCCGAGUUCCGCUACACGGCCGGCAUCCACGGCAACGAGGUGCUGGGCCGCGAGCUGCUGCUGCUGCUCAUGCAGUACCUGUGCCGUGAGUACCGUGACGGGAACCCCCGCGUGCGCAGCCUGGUGCAGGACACGCGCAUCCACCUGGUGCCCGCGCUGAACCCUGACGGCUACGAGGUGGCGGCACAGAUGGGCUCCGAGUUCGGGAACUGGGCGCUGGGGCUGUGGUCCGAAGAGGGCUUUGACAUCUACGAGGACUUCCCGGAUCUCAACUCUGUGCUCUGGGGAGCCGAGGAGAGGAAGUGGGUCCCUUACCGGGUCCCCAACAACAACCUGCCCAUCCCUGAGCGCUACCUGUCCCCAGACGCCACGGUGUCCACGGAGGUCCGUGCCAUCAUCGCCUGGAUGGAGAAGAACCCGUUCGUGCUGGGGGCGAACCUGAACGGGGGCGAGCGGCUGGUGUCCUACCCCUACGACAUGGCGCGCACACCCAGCCAGGAGCAGCUCAUGGCUGCAGCCCUGGCCGCUGCCCGUGGGGAGGAUGAGGAUGAGGUAUCCGAGGCCCAGGAGACCCCAGACCACGCCAUCUUCCGCUGGCUGGCCAUCUCCUUCGCCUCCGCCCACCUCACCAUGACCGAGCCCUACCGUGGAGGGUGCCAAGCACAGGACCACACCGGUGGCAUGGGCAUUGUCAACGGGGCCAAGUGGAACCCCCGAUCUGGGACCAUCAACGACUUCAGCUACCUGCACACCAACUGCCUGGAGCUGUCCAUCUACCUGGGCUGUGACAAAUUCCCUCACGAGAGCGAGCUGCCGCGGGAGUGGGAGACCAACAAGGAGGCCCUGCUGACCUUCAUGGAGCAGGUCCACCGCGGCAUCAAGGGGGUGGUGACAGACGAACAGGGCAUCCCUAUUGCCAACGCCACCAUCUCCGUGAGUGGGAUCAACCACGGCGUCAAGACAGCCAGCGGGGGCGAUUACUGGCGCAUCCUGAACCCGGGUGAGUACCGCGUGACAGUCCAGGCGGAGGGCUACACGCCGAGCGCCAAGACCUGCAACGUGGAUUACGACAUCGGGGCCACCCAGUGCAACUUCAUCCUGGCUCGUUCCAACUGGAAACGCAUCCGGGAGAUCUUGGCCAUGAACGGGAACCGGCCCAUCCCGCACAUCGACCCUUCGCGCCCCAUGACGCCCCAGCAGCGGCGUCUGCAGCAGCGGCGCCUGCAGUACCGGCGGCGCAUGCGUGAACAGAUGAGGCUCCGCCGCCUCAACGCCACUGCGGGCCCAGCCACCCCCUCCACGCUGCCCCCCGCGGCCCCCACACUGCUCCCCACUCUCUCUCUUGCUCCGUCCCCCACCCCCAACUCCACCCUGGGGCCCUGGCACGUUCUGCCCGAGACCACAGCAGCCUGGGAGGACUCUGAGACUGAGACCUACACGGAGGUAGUGACGGAGUUUGGGACUGAGCUAGGGCCGGAGCAUGAGGAUGAGGAGAUGGCGGUCCCCGGCCCGGAGUUCCCCUUCACUACAGUCGAGACCUACACGGUGAACUUCGGGGACUUCUGAGGACAGGCCUGCCAGUGUCGAGCCCAUGCUGGUGACCAUGCCACCUCUGCCAGCUGGGCAGUCAUCACACUAAGGGCCCAUGGUGUGGGCAUGAAUGUAACCAACGCCCAAGAGCCAGGAUCUGUGGUAGUCCCAGGCUGCCUGCGGCCUCAGAGAGGCCAGAUGCUGCGGACUGGGUGGGGGCAGGCCCCAAAUGCACGACAGACUUCUCAGCCAGCUGCCCAGGCCACACCAAUAAACCAAGCUCACGGCA